UGCUGUGACAUCGACCGGACAUUCGUAUGUCUGUCCAAGCACUCUCAGUCGAUAGUUCGCUUACAGCAUCUUCCUGACCUCCAAUAUGAUCUACAAGUUUUGACGGUCGCCGUCAAGGACUGGCAGUAAGACCACCGAAUCCAGCAACACUAACCGCCAAAUGCCCCCUUCAACGCGAUGUUGAGCUCCUUCGUCCAGAAGUUCAUCGACCAGUCUCCUCUCUCCGCGAACAAUGAUAAACGUCCUUCGAAAGCCUCUCUCUUUCGCGAGCAGUUCAGACUCCCCGCGGGUCAAAAUCCCCUGCACGAAAUAAGCGCGGAACUAUUCCUCCCGCUCCCCUCGUCCUCAGUCGCAGGCCCUAUAACGUCCGGGGAGAAGUCAAGAGACAAUGGCAAUAAGUAUAUGGGAGAGUUGCACUUGAGUGAACACUUUCUAUGCUUCUCGACCAUCCGCACGAGUUUCCUCCCAACCGCGAGUCACUCCUCAUCCACUUCCUUCACAGGUCCGACGCAAGGCGCGGGGCCCGGCGGCCAUGGCUUCACCCUUCCACUCUCCUCGAUACGAAGAGUCGAGAGACUGAACAGUAAUCAAGACAAAUUCUGUCUCGCUCUCACCACCUUCGAAUCCAUCCAGAAACCGUUGUCCGAAAAGCCCAAAGCCCCCUUACCUCUUCCGCGGAAGCUCAUCAUAACCCUCGAUGGCAGUCGUACGGCCUGUGAACGGUUUUGCGAUGGCUUGAAGAAAGGAUUAAGAGAGGGAAUGAAGGAAGUGGACACUCUGCGGGCUGUGGUAGUCCAGUGCUACUCAGAAUAUCUCUUGGAUCCCGUCCGGAUCAAGGCCAAAGAGGACGGCCGGCAAGCACCGGAUCCGCCUGAUACUGGGCUAGGGAUCCUCUUCAGGUAUCCAGGAGAUGCGAGAAAACUUAGAGACAGGAGCAAGAUCAGACUAUGGGGUGAGUACAUGAGGGAAAAUGGCCGGAAUGCGACAAUCGUCAGACAACCGACGUUCCACAAGCUCAUUCGUGUUGGUCUGCCAAACCGGCUGAGAGGGGAGAUAUGGGAGAUCAGCUCCGGAUCGUUCUAUACGAGACUGAGAAAUCCCAACCUCUACGAAAAGACCCUCGCCAAAUUCACCGGCAAAGAGUCUUUGGCUAUUGACGAGAUCGAGAAGGAUCUCAAUCGAAGCCUGCCGGAGUAUCCUGGUUUCCAAAGUGAAGAGGGCAUUGGCCGGCUCAGACGAGUACUUACAGCGUACAGCUGGACCAACGAAGAAGUCGGCUAUUGUCAGGCUAUGAAUAUAGUCGUGGCCGCAUUACUCAUCUACCAGUCCGAGGCUCAAGCCUUUUUCACUCUGGGCACGCUUUGUGACCGACUACUGCCUGGAUACUACUCGAAAGACAUGUACGGCACGCUUCUCGAUCAGCGUGUCUUUGAGAAUCUCGUGGAACGGACAAUGCCCGUCCUCUGGGAACAUUUGGUCAAAUCCGAUGUCAACCUCUCCGUCGUGUCACUUCCGUGGUUUCUGUCGUUAUACAUCAAUUCAAUGCCGCUUGUGUUUGCUUUCAGAGUCCUGGAUGUUUUCUUCUUGGAGGGCCCAAAAGUAUUGUUCCAGAUCGGAUUGGCAAUUCUCCGGAUCAACGGAGAAGAGUUGCUUGACGUCAACGACGAUGGCUCCUUUAUUUCAAUAUUGAAGAAUUACUUUUCACGACUCGAUGAGUCGGCUCAUCCGCACUCGGAGAACGAAAAGCUGAGGGCCAUCAGCAAAUUCCAAGAAUUGAUGGUCACUGCGUUCAAAGAAUUCGCCGCCAUCACUCAUGCUAGUGUCGAAGAACUGCGCGAGAAGCAUAUCGACGGUGUCAAGGAGGGUCUGGCUACGUUCGCGAAGCGGACGUCGAUUCGGAACCUUGGGCCUGAAAGCAAGAAGCUGAGCGCUGAAGAUCUGAGCGCAAUCUAUGACCGCUUCUUCGGGGUUUUGUCUGAGCGACAUGCUCGUGACAAAGCGCGAGAAGAAGAGAAAAGGAAACAAGAGCAUUAUAAAGUCCGCCCAGGGCUGUGGAUGCAUCACUCAUCGUAUAAUCAGGACGAACCUGGGCCUGGCCGCAACGCUUCGCCGUUACAGACCAUGGAUUAUGAUGCGUUCAGAGAGUUUCUGGCGCAUACUGCUAGAUGGGCGGCGAGCGACUCCCCUACAUCGCCCGCAAAAGAGAUCAGCAACCCGAAUAUGAGCCAACGAAAGCGCAGCAAGACGUUUUCGCAAUGGGGUUCGGCUCCUGAACCAGCAGACCACGACUUCAUGCAGCGAUUAUAUGGAAAAUGGGAUGAAUCUCAGCAGGGCGCUAUGACACUCCAGCAGCUUGUCCGUGGCCUGGCUCAGUUCAAAGGCACCACAGAUAUCAUGAAUUCGAUGAGCCUUUUCUUCGACCUUUUUGAUGAUGACGCCACGGGUAAAGUGGAUCGUGAAGGGAUUCUCAGGAUGUCUGAAUCUCUCUUAUUCCUUUCCCGGCGAGGCUUUGACGGAGCUAUCGUUCCUACGGACUCGAGCGGUGUAACGUCUCCGCUUUCAGCGACGGAAUCGACCGGUGCGCUGAAACAAAGCAUCAACGAGAGAUUCCUGGGCAGCGUCAGCGCCUUCAUCAGAAGAUGUUUCGAGUACGCCGACCCUGACGAAGGGGUGGAGGAAGCGAAGUCGAAAUUGGAGGCGACUAGCAUCACCACUACAGACCCAGAAGACCUCUUGGAUCUCUCAGAAGCGGAUCUCCAUCACAAGACAGUCAUGUCACCCCGACCGACAGUGAAAGAUCCCUUGUCAGACAUCACACCUCCAGGCUCGCCAGCUCACCUGGGCGCAAUGCAAGAUAAACGUACGAGCUCCGCGUCUCGGGCUGCUUCACAUAAUCUCGCCCUGGACCCGAACAAACCUCUACACAUCACACUUCCUACCUUCCGCAUGGUCAUUCUCGCCGACGAAUUACUCGAGCAGUUUUUCGAGACAUUCUUCCCUCAGUCUUUCCGUCUCAGCGACUCACCGAAUGCGAGCACGCUGUCAUUGCCCUCGAGCACGUUGUCGGGUAAUCUGACCACGUUCACCAACCUCGGCACGCCGGUGAAGAACUUGAUCAACGGUGGCUCGAACAAGACGGUCAUUGACGUCGGACGGGCCGGUGGUGUGGUAGAGCCGGGCUCACGUGGGCUUCGAGGUGUGUUGGACAAUAUCGUGAAUGACGGGAUGAGGAUGGCGGCGGAGAUGCGGAAGCGCAUGGAUGAGGCGCAGAAAGAGUUUGAGCGGAAUGCGCGCGAAGGUGGACAGCAGCGCGUACCGUACAGGGACGAGGAUGAGGAAGAUGACGACGAGGGCACGGAGUUGGGCAAGCGCGAUCAGGAAUUGCUUGAAGGCGCCGAGGUCGCGAGUAUCAAGACUACUGACGGGACCGGUGGGAGGAGUAGGGCGCAGAGUGCGACGAGUGCAGGGACAGGAAAUGGCGUAAGUAUUUUGGAUGUAACUUAAGGUCUAACUGAGAUGGAUGGGUGCAAAUACUAGUACCUGGGGUUUCUGAUGAACUUGUCACACAGUAGGGGUGUGAUACAGUGGCGAUAGGAACGAAUUACAAUGCGAGCUCUUUGAACAUUGAUUUCUUUUGGAACGAUGCUAGAUUUGAACUAAGUUAGGU